UUUACUGAUUAACAAUAGUUAGUUACGUAAAAAACACUAGUACAGCAAUUAUGAGUAAUAAUUGGGAUAGUGGGGCCCUCCUCAUCCACUGAACAUGGCGCCACCUCCAAUAAACUCAGGUGGCCUCAGGAUGGUCCUUACCUGAGCAGCUUACGUCACGGCUCUACGAAAAUACAAAACGAACGUCUUCGACCCUUUACGAGAAUAUAACAAAGCUUCGAUAUGUUAUUGGCUCGUGUUUCCCACGCUCAGUUUUUCAACUAUGUGUUAAGUGAAAAAAAAAGGCGGAUUUAUUCUCGGAUAUCCACGAAGAUGGAAAAGGGUAGUCCGUUGUCUGGUCUCCUCCCCAGCUGAGAGUCUCAAACUUGCAGCCGGUGUUUGUUCGAAAUGGAAGUAGAUAACGAAACCAACCCAUCUCAGAUUAAGAGCUUGCUCAACAGGUCGCUCGACAUUGUUGACUUAAACAAGAAAAGGAAAUUAGAGGCUGAGCAGUUGGGCUUGCCUGUAUCGAAGCAUCAAUGUUGGAAAGGAAGCUUAUCAUCAAAGCCUCCUACAUUUGGCAGUAUCUCGGAAGUAGAGGGGUUUAAUCCAUGUACUUUCAAAGGAGGAGGCGCUAUUUAUGAUGUAUCUGAAACUCAAUCGGCAAAAGAUAGCAACAGCUUUGCCGAAGAUUCUGACUCUGCGAUGUCUGUGCAUGGUGAAGUUAAAUUUGGAACAGGGGACGCAAAGUAUAUACUAUAUGACAGGGGUUCCUUCUCAGCUUCUGAUUGGGAAUCCAGUUCUGAAGGUUCCCGUUAUUCUUCAGAUGGUAUAACAGUGGCAUCAAGGGGUGUCGAAAAAAAAGUACCAGCUUCUCCUGGUGGGGAGCCUGAGCCUGCUGAUUUUGAAUUAGCUGGGAAUCUUGAAUCCCUUGUAGAGUAUGAAAGUCAUAUAGAUUACAUCUACUCAAGACACGGCAACUACACCAUAGAGCAAUACCAAGAUAAGGAAAUUGAAGAAAUUCUCAACUCCAGUGGGGAAAAUCCAAAUGUUUAUGUUCCUUCAUCUGGACGAUGAAGUGUCAACCAAGGUAAUUCCGCUAUGUCUUUGAGAAUAUAAGCAUUAAUGGGAGGAUUAUGAAUUAUGAUCAUACAUAUGAUUAGAGGCAUUGGGGGGACCGCAGUGGAGGAGGGGGGGACAAAGAAUCCUAGUCUAUCCCUAUCCAUAACCCUAUCCUUUGCUGUAGUUAAUUUACACUGCAUAUACAA